AUGGACAAAAAAGAAUUUCGUCGGUUAUAUAAAGAAUUGUUAGCAAGUGGUCAAACUACAACGUUAGGAGUUGGUGAUUCAGCAUCUACAGCGACAGGAGCAACAAAUGUUGGAACAGCUGGAAGCAGCGCUGUUACUGUCGUCUCCGAUCACGACGCUGAGAAAAUAGCUGAUCGCGUUUUCAAAGCAUUCGAUAGUGAUGGCUCUGGUAAAUUGACAUUCGAAGAAUUUGUCAAUGCAUUUGUUAUGUUAAAUGAACGCGGAUCCGUAGCAGAUCGUUUCAAUUAUGUUCUGGAUCAUAAUAAUCCAACACCUGGCUACAUCACACGCGACCAUGGUGAAAAGGUUUACAAUCGUGUAGAAAAGUAUUAUAGUACAGAUGAUUCGAAACCAAUAACCACGACAUGGGAACAGACUUGGACAAAAAUUGAUGACGGAACUGGUCGUGUACCACAAGCAAAAUUUACUGAGUAUAUGACUACAAAUAGCGAUUAUGCACCACACUUAAAACAUGCUAACACAACAUUGUGA